AUGUCGCAGUCCUAUGUGACAGGGCCUUGGUCAACACCUGACAUUGUUUGCGCUGCGGUCAUCGGUCCUCUGGUAGCAGCGGCAUUCCUCGAAUCAGUGCUAUGGGUGGCAGCAUUCUGCUAUUGCCUUGUAAAGGCUUAUCAAAAGGCAGAUCAUUGGUCAUCCAAGGCCCUGGCUGCUUUCAUGAUCGUGAUAUUCGUUUCUAUCAGGGGAAUAUUCCUACCAAUAAUGCUCGUAACGCUACCACUGCCGAGUCGGAUAGUGCAAUACUUCCCCCAUGAAGUGGUUGCUGUGCUCCAAAAGUUUGCCUUCUACAGCUUCGCCGCUAUGCUGAUUGUCCCUUGGCUGUUUUGCGUUUACCGCAUUGUUAUAAUCCCGCUGGGGCGCAAAAGGUUGAUCAAUCAUCCGCUUGACGAGCGAAGUGCUCCUAAGGUUGUGGUGGUCAUGCCGGUCUACAAGGAGCCGCCGGAUACGUUGUGGGCGGCAUUGAACUCGGUUGUUCGCUGCGACUAUCCUCCUGCUUGCAUACAUGUCUUUCUCUCUUUUGAUGGAGACAGCAUUGACGAAUUAUACCUGAAAACCAUUGACCGCUUGGGCAUUCCUAUCACACUCAAGGACUUUCCAAAAUCCAUCGACGUUGCGUUUCAGGGUUCACGGGUCACUGUGUCUCGAUUUCCUCAUGGUGGCAAACGACAUUGUCAGAAGGCGACCUUUCGUCUCAUUGACAAGAUAUACAAGCGGUACCUCCAACGUAAAGAUGAUCUGUUCAUUUUGUUCAUCGAUUCCGAUUGCGUCCUGGAUCCGGUCUGUAUCCAAAAUUUUAUGUACGACAUGGAGUUGGGACCCGGCAACAAACAUAACAUGUUGGCCAUGACCGGGAUCAUCACCUCGUGCACGAAGAAGAAUUCUUUUCUGACACUGAUGCAAGACAUGGAAUAUGUCCACGGUCAGCUGUUUGAACGUUCCGUCGAGUCGGGGUGCGGUGCAGUCACUUGCCUCCCCGGAGCGCUGACAUUAUUGCGGUUUCCUGCCUUCCGAAACAUGGCCAAAUUCUACUUCUCUGACCGUGCAGAGGAGUGCGAAGAUUUGUUCGACUAUGCAAAAACGCAUCUAGGGGAGGACCGCUGGCUGACGCAUCUGUUCAUGCUCGGGGCCAAGGAGCGAUAUCAAAUUCAACUCAGUACCAGUGCCUUUUGCAAGACCGAGGCGGUACAGACAUUCCGAUCCCUCCUCAAACAACGACGCCGCUGGUUUCUUGGGUUUAUCACCAAUGAAGUGUGCAUGAUGACGGAUGCACGGCUGUGGAGGAAGUACCCGAUGCUUUGCCUUCUUCGCUUCAUGACAAUCACGAUCCGCACCACCGCUUUGUUGUUUCUUGUCACAGUACUUGCGGUUGCCACGACCUCAAGCCGUGUGGAACGAUUGCCAUGGGAGUUCAUGUGUAUCUCUUGCGGAUUGAACUGGUUUUUGAUGCUCUACUUUGCUGUCAAGUUGCACCGUUGGAAGGCAGUCUUGUACCCGAUCAUGUUUAUGCUCAAUCCUUUCAUGAACUGGGUGUACAUGGUUUACGGCAUUUUCACGGCCGGGCAGAGAACUUGGGGAGGGCCAAGAGCAGACGCCGGAGCGGCCGACUCGAAAGUGACGCCGCAGGAAGCGAUCGAACAUGCCAUUGCCACAGGAGAUGAUCUGAAUGUGGUACCAGAGACGUUCAAACCCGCCAUGGUGGUCAGACGGCGACGGACGCGCCCUUCAGCGUUGCAGCCUUCGUCUUGUGUGGAGGGACGAUUCGUGCCAACUGAACACGAUUCAGGCUUCGUCGCUGAGAAGGGUCUAUUGUCACCGAGUCCAUCUGAUGUUAACAUGUUUGGUAAUCUACCCCGUCGGGAGCACGAUUCCCUCGACAUGAGUGAUUCGGAGAACAUAUCAGUCCACACUCCGCGCAGGGUAGGUAGCGUUUCCGGUGAGGAUACCCUAUUACACACUGGCAUGUUGGAAUCAGGUCUUGGCCAGCUGCCCAGGUCAGUCAGCCUAUCAGGUGCGCCCCGGUCGGCUCUGCGCGAGCAUCCUCCCGCCGCUCCAAGUGUCCCUGCCGUUCCAAAUUCAGCUCAGCGCAAGCAAGCUGCGACUAAUGGUUGCAUUCCGAGAGGCGCGAGCCUCUCCCCAGAGGCGGCCACCGAGUUUGAGCCGGCAAGACAAGUCAGGAAUAAUGCUCCACGAUACGAAUUGGGAAUUAGGACGAGCUCUCGAGACAAUCGCAGCCCGCUCGGCCGAGUCAGCCCUCUGACAGCAAGACCUGUUGAUGAGGAUAUGUUGAGGUUUCAAGAAGACCACGGUGCGACAGACUGUGACAAUGGAGACCUUGGAGAGUAUAGGGAGGAGAUGCCGUCCAGGCGAGGUCUGGGGCCUAGUGACAUGGUAUAG